AUGGGCAUUCCGAUGGACGAUAUUCAUACUCCCACGGUCCCUGCUGGGCCCGUUUCUGGUGCAGGUUCCGCCAGCGCGAAUCUCUCAAAGGCGGGCCUAACGCAGCUCUUCGACGAGAAGGAGAAGCUUGAGGCAGAGCUGAAAAUACUCAGUGACGUUCUUGGAUCACAUGGCGUCGACAUGAACACGAGUUUGCUUACUGAUGAUGGAUUUCCAAGGGCAGAUCUGGAUAUUGCACAAAUACGAACUACCAGAGCGCGGAUAAUACGUCUACGGAAUGAUUAUAAGGCUGUCAUGUUGAAAGUCGAAGAGGGCUUAGCAGCAUACUUUUCUAGCACAAAAGAUAAGGAUACAAAUAUCUCCGCUACUCCAUCUACCGGGCCACCAGCAAUACCCCAAGAUGUAGAGGGGGCCUCUGCAGCCCAGGCGGACACAUUCGACAUGCCAUUCGCCAAGGUCAAUAGUGUGGCGGAUGGAAGUCCCGCGUCCAAAGCUGGUUUGAAGACAGGAGACAAGGUCUGCAACUUUGGUAACAUAACGUGGGCUAACCAUGAAAACCUGACGAAGAUUGCAGCGGUUGUUACAAAUAACGUAGAGCUUCCCAUCCUUGUCAAGGUAACGAGAGAUUUGGAUGGGGAAAUCUCGCCACUCACCUUGCGGCUCACUCCAAGUCACAACUGGGGCGGCAGGGGACUGCUCGGUUGUCAUUUAGUGCCAUUAUGA